AUGAGAGAAGAACAGCUUUUCGCCAUCGAUGAAGAUACGGGUGAGAUCUUUUCGGCAUACAUCUUCGAUCGAGAUCCUCCGUAUCGAGAUACCGAGUUUUACAUCACGGUACGAGCGACCGAUAACGGUCAGCCCAGUCUGGAUGAUGUGUGCACGAUCAAAGUGACGAUUCUAGAUAUCAAUGACAAUCCGCCAGUGUUUGAAAAAGACUGUUAUGAAGCAUUUGUUUUCAUGAAUACGACACUUCACCAGCAAGUGACCAUCAUCACAGCAAAGGACAUCGACGACGAAACAAAUAACGUUGUUAAUUUCGAAAUUGUACAGGAAUAUAAAGAUGGCAGUUAUUUCGAGAUUGACCAACAUACUGGCGUACUCACACUGGCUAAGCGCAUCGAUCGCAACCCAGGAGAGUAUUAUGCGCUUCGUGUUCGCGCUUACAAUCAAGGUUAUAUAGAAAACGAAUCAGAAAACCCAGAAGUUGAUGUGAAGGUACACAUAAUUGACUCUGACAAACGCUUACCAUAUUUCACCAAAGUGCCAAAAGUUCCUGUCAUACUACACGAAAAUUUCACUGCAUUUGAUCAGGUAUUGGCAGUGUUUGAAGCGAAUUCAAAUAUAAACAACGAUAGCAACGUUAUUUUUGAGAUAGUUCGAGGUAAAUUUGAACAGACUAACUCGAUGAACACAUUCCUGUUGGAGCAGAUUGAUAAUACAGCUCACAUUAAGCUGGCAAGAGCGCUCGAUUAUGAAAGAGUCACCGAAUACACGAUAACGGUAAGAGCUACGAACAGGCACGAUCUAGCGACGGAGGCUGUGGUGAAGAUCAUGAUCCUGGACGUGAAUGAUAAUGUUCCGCUGAUCGUUGAAGCUGUAUCAUAUCUGAAGUAUGAACUUAUCGAUACUUCACCGGUAAUCCAAAUACAUGCGUACGAUUUGGAUGUAUCUGCUCGUGUAACGGUGACAGUGAAGAACAUCUCGGCAAAAACAGUCAACCAGAGUGGAUCGAUUCGCUUCUACAAUGUAACGGCUGAGACAUUCAUAUCUCAGACACUGGGUGAGCUCAACACACCCAUGUAUCGACUUCAGGAAAGCAUUGCAAGCAUUCUGGAUACCAGCCCAGAUCAGGUGGACAUAUUCACGAUCAACAAUCGUAAGCUUGCCCGGGGUGCAUUCUUGGACGUGUUCUUUGCAGUAGAUGAUACUAUUUACACAUCGUCAGAGGUCUUAAAUGCAGUGUUAAGUUUGCAUCUACGCAAAUUGGAGGAAGACGUCGGGUAUCGGAUUGUGUCGGUUGGCAUAGAUGAAUGUAUUGCAAAGGGUCAUAUGUGUAAGCAGGCAUGUAAGAAUAAGGUCCAUAGAUCACAAAAGCCAAUCGUAGUGCACACCAACACUAGCUCGUUUGUGGGAAUGACCACAUUGGUGCAAGCACAAUGCAUCCCACAGAUAGAAUCUUCGUUGGUAGCAUGCUUGAACGGUGGCACUUGCCAGAAUGAUAAAUGUAAUUGUCCCAUGGGGUUCGAAGGUCCCCAGUGUGAGAAAUUGGACAUCUGUUUUGAUGGAAGUGGGUAUGCCAUCUAUCCAUCGAUCAACAGUGGCAACGUAAACAACAUCAGCAUUGAGUUAUUGCCCCGACAAAAAGACGGGUUGGUAUUCUACAUGGGUCCUCUGAAGUAUGACCCAUCUUUAAAGACGCCACCUUUUCUGGCAUUGGAAAUCAACGAUGACCUUGCAUACGGGAAUUGGUCAAGUGCAGCAACUUCUUCGCUCAUACGCGUCAGCGAGCACCCGCUGCUGUCAAUAGACUGCUAUCACCCACCGCUCGAAUUUGAUUUGGAAAUCACAGCAUCGUCUAUGAAUCACGCUACCACUGUUACGGAAAUAAAGCUCAAUUACGCACGUGCUGACCUUACUAAACUCAAGAGACUGAUCUGCUCCUUCAACCAAUCCUUUGAAUGCUCAAACUAUACAUCCAUUGACCAUGCCACGAACGAUUUCUCAGAGUUUAUGCGGGCCGCAUUGCGUGAAUGUGCUCCUAUUAAAAAGCCCCAUCGCGGACCGCCGUGGGGUGACCGCACAUUACAUGCCCUAAAAAAAGCAAAGCGAGCCGCUUAUGACAAUUUACGCGCUAAUCGAUCCACACCGUGUCGGCUUUACUACAAUGGUGCUCAUGCACUUUAUCGACGUUAUAAUAGAGUCUGCUAUCGUCGAUAUAUACGCCAGACUGAACGAAGCUUGCGAAAGUACCCUCGCCGCUUUUGGAGCUUUGCCGACAACAUGCGCAAGUCAACUGGCCUCCCCGGGACUAUUCGGUAUAAGGAUAAUUGUGCACACUCGCCAUUAGAUAUUUGUGAACUGUUCGCCACGCGUUUCGAGGAUAGCUUCAUCUCUAACAUCACACCUCCGGAGGCUGUUGCUUCCGCGCUCGUGAACACUCCGGCUGAUGCAAUUCAUGUCACGCUACCUAUCGUCACCGAGACCCUGGUUACCCAAAAAAUCGAGCGUCUAAAGUCGUCAUACUCCGAGGGGCCAGAUGGUAUCCCAGCGACAAUUCUCAAGCGUUGUGCCGUAUCGGUAGCUCCUGUUUUAACUAAGAUUCUUAACGAAUCUCUGCGCACAGGAACCUUUCCAUCACUGUGGAAGGUCUCUUGGCUAACACCCAUCUACAAAAAGGGCAGCAAAAACGAAGCAGUGAACUAUCGAGGUAUUACCUCUUUAGCUGCCUGCGCCAAAGUGUUCGAGCUAAUCAUCUAUGAACCAUUAAUGGCAUCUGCCGGCAAAUACAUCAGCACUAACCAACAUGGAUUCAUGCCUAAGAGAUCAACUACGACAAAUCUGAUGCAAUUCGUUAGCGGCUGUUAUAAGUCCAUUGAUGAUGGUAUGCAGGUUGAUGCCAUUUACACGGACAUUAAGGCGGCUUUUGACAGUGUGUCCCACAACAUUCUUCUGGCAAAACUUGAUAGACUUGGAUUAUCACCACCCCUGGUAAAGUGGAUGAAAUCGUAUUUAUGUGGUCGUUCAUAUGCAGUUAGAAUGGGCUCCCACCAAUCUAGAUCUAUCGGUGCCUCUUCCGGCGUACCCCAGGGCAGCAACCUGGGGCCUCUGUUGUUUCUGCUCUACAUAAGCGACUUGUGCACGGCACUCCCGGAUAAUAGUUGCCUACUCUACGCAGAUGAUGCUAAAAUCUAUCGUGAAAUCCGUGAGCCCGAGGACCAUCUUCAACUUCAAGCCACUUUGACUGAAUUUGUCUCCUGGUGCAAGCGUAAUGCACUAAGCGUCUGUAUCGAUAAAUGCGCCAUAAUCUCAUUCAGCCGUUCAAGAGCUCCAGCGCUGUUUAAUUAUACGCUUGAUGGUCAGAACCUCGAAAGAGUGAACUGUGUAAAGGAUCUAGGAGUCCUCCUAGAUGCUAAACUCUCCUUCGAAGAACAGAUAGACCAAGUAGUCGCUAGUGGCAAUCGUCUACUUGGCUUGGUCAUAAACAUGACGCGCGAGCUUCGUGAUCCUAUGUGUUUCAAGACACUGUACUGCGCACUUAUCAGACCACUGCUGGAAUAUGCUAGCAUUGUUUGGUGGCCAGCAUCUACUCGGGCACUUGCGCGGCUAGAGUCCAUUCAACGGAAGGCAACGCGCUUCGCCCUUCGUGAUUGGCCGCGUCGUCUCGACUACAGAACUAGGUGUCUGCUGCUUGGAAUCCCGCCUCUCGGCGAACGUGUUGAGCACACCAGACUAGCAUUUAUCACGGGAAUCUUAAACGGAACCAUCGACUGUCCCGAGCUGCUUUCAAGGAUUCACCUCUAUGUUCCUGCCAGAAUACUCCGUCGCCGACCAAUGCUGGCAGUCGCUGAAACCCGAACAACAUUUGGCUCUCGCAACCCCCUUCUUUGUAUGUGCCGUCUAUUAAAUUCAGCUAACGAUAUUUAUGAGCCUGGAAUGACGAUAACGGAACUGACUUCACUUUUAAGUGUUCGGAAUGCGUUCAACAAUAACAAUAUAUAAAUGUUCUGUUCGUUAUCUAAUGUAAUGUAUUGUAAACAAAUUUUGACUCGA